AUGGAAUUCUCCCUCCAUAAGUUAUUGCUAAUGGUGAUGCUUGCAGAGUGCUUUGUGGGGGUCGCCUUCCAUAUAUUCAUUGUGUCUUUUCAGUUCCUGAGAUGGAAGACAUUGAAAUCCCAGAAAACCUACAACAAAAUCCUCACCUGUUUGGCCAUCUCCAGAAGCUUUCUGCUGCUGCACGUGUCUUUGUUCUACAUUCUCUACCUUUUUUUCCCAUGGGUGCUUGGUAGUAUUAUUUUGAGGUCAGCCUUUUUGGUAGAAGUUAUGUUGCUAAACAACACCAACCUCUGGAUAACCACCUUCCUGUUUGCAUUCUACUGUGUGAAGAUCACAACCUACAACCAUACCAUUUUUAUCUACAUGAAGACCAGGAUCUCCAGACUAGUCCCUCACUUUAUUCUGGGUUGCUUCCUGGUUUCUCUGGUCUCCAGCCUUCCGUUUGGUUGGUGCGUCUUCUACUUACCACAGCAAAUUUCAGCCAACAUGACAGUGAACUUUUCCAACAUGACCAUGAACAACCUUUUUUAUAAAGAAAAUGCUCACAACAUGCUAAUGCUGUUCAUUGUGGGCUCCUUUCCACCAUUUGUCAUAUCUUGUGGUGCCAUCUACCUGCUGAUUCGAUCUCUUUGGCACCAUGCCAGAGAGAUGAUAAGCACCGAGAAAGGUUUUCAAGGCCCGAACAUUGAGGCUCACAUCAAUGCUGUCAAGAUUAUGUCUGUUUUCCUGUUUGGCCAUGUUCUGUAUUUCGUAUGCAUGAGCAUGUUAUUCUCUGAUGUGAUACAUGAAAGCAACCCAUGGAAGAUGAUCAAUGCAAUUGUAGUAUUUGCACUUCCAAGUCUCCAUUCGGCAUUCAUCGUCUCCAGCAAUGUUGAACUAAAGCAGUCACUUACAGAAAUGUGGCAUGGUCUUAUAAGGUGUUUUUAA